AAUUAUACACGCUAGUAUAUGCAACAUAUGGAAAUAUCCCACGCCUAGCACUCUAGUAUAUAAAAACGUAUGUGAACUCUAACACGUGAAGAUAGUAACAUUCGUUUGUUGAGUGUGCGUCAAAGGUAUAUACAGAUCUUUUGAAACAUCCACCAGCAUGAUGUGUGUCUUCACUCUGCUGGUUCUAUGUUGGAGUUCGGUGUUGGUGGACUCGAGUGUUCGAAUUGGAGCCUUCAAUAUCAAGCAUUUCGGCGACUCGAAGAUGAGGGAUUCAGUUGUAGCUGAUCAAAUCAAACGGAUUGUAAGCGGGUAUGAUAUCAUUCUUCUCCAAGAGGUUCGAGAUAAGGACGAAAGCUCACUAGUUACAUUAAGAAAUAUGCUACAAAGCGACUUGCCAGAUAAGAAGUUUCAGUUUGUGGCCAGUUGGCCCCUGGGGAGAAGUUCACAAUACAAAGAGCAGUAUGCGUAUUUUUACAGGACAAAAACGGUGACAAUUAUUGACACAUACCAGUUUAAUGACACCAACUACGGAGACGUGUUUGAGAGAGAACCGUUCAGUGUGUUUGUACGAGUGGCCUCUAAAGAGAGGUCGUUGGAACUGGCCCUUAUUGGACUACACGCCCAACCCACCAACGCCAUGGCCGAAAUCAACGCUUUAGAUCACGUGGUUCUUGCCGUGCUGGCCAGAUGGCAACCAAAGAAUCUGGUGGUGUUGGGUGAUCUGAACGCGGACUGUAGGUACGCCAAGGAAGCGGACCUGGACGCGACGUCGGUGUUUACGGAUUUCACACCCCUCAUUGGCCACGACGCCGACACUACUGUCAAAACGUCAACUACGUGUGCCUAUGAUAGAAUCAACGUCCAUGGUUCUGAGCUUAAACAAAAGAUUAUUCAACACGGUGUUGACGACUUUGAAAAGAACAUGGGGCUGACAAGUACAGAGGCUUAUGACGUCAGCGACCACUUUCCAGUUGACUUCAGUAUCGACGUAUAGACGUUAGUGCAAAAUGUCAAAUAAGACUGAACAUGGUGUCACUAUUAAAGGCAUUGAAAGAUC